AUUUGUGAGACUGGAAGCAUGUUCUUCAUGCUUGAUAUCGAAUGAUGAAGACACAUGUCUGACGAAGGGGCUUUUGCAACUUGAGGAAAGUCCAAAAAAUGGGAUCUGUGCAGGAUUAUUCUAGUGUCCCAUGUCAAAGUCUGCAUGGGUGAUGUUUGGCUAGAUGAUCUGGAUAUCACUGAAAAGAUUACACAUCACUGAAGAGUUUUCAGAUGGUAAUUUGGCCACCAUCCGGAGAGCAUGCCCCAUCUAGAUGCUAAAGAGCUUGGCUGGGGCUUGCUCUGCUCCUCAGCAAGGAUUUCUGGGCGUAUGCCUCUUGAUAAUUGAGCUACCGAAAGGAGACUCACGAUCAGCAAACCGUCUGCAGCGCCUCACGGUCACUUGCGCCAAGAAGCCCGCGAAAAAGACUGCAGCCAAGGGAGAACCUUCACAGGGUGGGAACCAGGCUGCACCACCGCCACCAAGGAUCAUCGACACCUCGCAUCUGUCCCUCAAGCAGCAGAAGCGCUUCAUCGAGGAGAGGAAGAGGUUUGAGCAGUCGCCGCAGAGGCAGAAGGCGCUAGGCAAGACCCAGCGCUGGCGGAAGCCAAAGAUAGAAGCAGAUGAGCGCGCCGCAGAGGAGGAGCGGCAGCGCCAGGCCGCGCGCGCUCUCAAGGCAGAGCAAGAAAGGAAGCGGAAAGUGCGGCGGUCACUCAUCGACAUGCUGCAGCCCAAAGCGGUGGACAAGCAGCCACCAGUGCUGCUAGUGGACGGCUACAAUGUGCUAUUGAAGAGGGCGGAUAUGGAGGCGGAGCAGUACUGGGAAGCACAGACGCUGGCCGACGCGCGGGAGCGACUCGUGAAUGACACGCGUGACUACGCGUUAGUCACCGGCUGCCGCGCCGUCGUCGUGUUCGAUGCCUUCAACAACCCCGAGACCCUCAUCACCACUCGGGAGAUGGUAGCGGGGGUGGAGGUGGUGUAUCCUAAGGGCUCAGACGCUGACAUGUAUAUUAUGGCAGAGGCGAAGCUGGCCAGGACGGAAGGAGCGCCGCGCGUCGUCGUGGUCAGCAAUGACCGGGAGAUCAGCGCUGCUCUGGACUAUGUCAAUGGCAUGGGCUGGAUGCAGUCUGAGAUGUACCUACAGGAAAUGGAGCGGGUGAGCCGAGAAGCAGAUCGCGCACAGAGGGAGGCCGAGGAGGAUCAGAUUGUGGAGCUGCUGAGGCAGGGGGGCACGAUCGCGCAGGGGGCGCUGAAAAACCGCGCCACUCUGGACAGCCUGACGGCGCUGCGGCGCAAGCUCGAGAACGGCCGCGGCGGCGGCCGCAAGCAGGUCUUCAGGCUCGAGCGGUGGUGA